CGAGCGCCGGGAACGAGCACCGCCCGGGCUGGAGCGGACGGCGUUAGAAGAGCCCCGCAGCGGCGCGCGUCGGAGAGGCUCCUGAGAAACUCCCACGGCCCAGGGACUUUGGAAAGCAGAGCGAGGAGCCCUCGCGCGCGCAAGUCUGCCAGUGAGCGCUCAGCCCGGCACCUGUUCCUCCAGCGCCGCCGCCUUCUCACCCCUCGGACCCCCGGCUCCCGCCCGAUCCUGCGAUGAAUCUGGCCCUGGGCAACCAGACCGACGUGGCGGGCCUGUUCCUGGCCAACAGCAGCGAGGCGCUGGAGCGCGCCAUGCGCUGCUGCACCCAGGCGUCCGUGGUGACCGACGACGGCUUCGCCGAGGGAGGCCCGGACGAGCGCAGCCUGUACAUCAUGCGCGUGGUGCAGAUCGCCGUCAUGUGCGUGCUGUCGCUCACCGUGGUCUUCGGCAUCUUCUUCCUCGGCUGCAAUCUGCUCAUCAAGUCCGAGGGCAUGAUCAACUUCCUCGUGAAGGACCGGAGACCGUCUAAGGAGGUGGAGGCGGUGGUCGUGGGGCCCUACUGACCCGCCCUCCGCCCCCGCCACAACUGCUCCCACGCCUGCCCACUUUACCAGCCCGGCUGUGCCCCUCACCAUCAGAGACUGGGCGAAGCAAACCUGUCGGAGUCGAUUAUUUCCCUUGACUUCCGCGUUUCUGAGAGAAGCGACCGGUUUCUCCCUCGCCCUCUGAAAGUCCUCGUGCCUGGCUGUCUAAGGAGAGCGCCCAGACUUCUGGACUCAGCAGAAAGUGACAAGAAGAGGGUGAUGAGGGCGCAGAACUUUGGAAGCUGCUACUUGCUUGGAAUGCGGGGAGACCGACGGGGCCAAGGCCCUUUUCCACCCGCAGGUGGGCCAAGCUCUGGGGGCAGGUGGAGAGGGCGGGCAGGGGAGAGACCAGCGGCACUGAUCGCCCUGUGACCGGAAAAGUGACCUGUUAAAAACCACGCAGCAGACAUGAAGGGGUCGCACAAAUCCGUGUCCCGAUGCGCUCUCACUCUUCUCCAGCCCUGGAGGAGAGAGGCGAUAAAUACCUUUGAUUGUAACGUGCCGUUUUAAAAGGUUUUGUGUUUGUUUGCUUGAACACAAAUAUUUGAUGAGUCUUUUUCUGCCCCCGUGGCCUGUUUGCCUGCCUAAGGGGUUAGAGUUUUGUCAUUGUGGGAGAAGGGGUGGGGGGAGGGGGAGCCUGCGAAUUUGAACGGGGUGCGUUGUUUCUUUUAGUGCAUUUCCCACUGGGUCUUUUGGGAGGUGCCUGGCGUUCCUGCUGGCCCUGGGACAAAGACCCAGAAUAGAACUCGUAGCUCGUGACUGCACGGUUUACGCCACAAAAGUGCUCUUGACAUCCGUGACACCAUUUUGACUUUUUGUUUUUUUCUUAUUUAACAUUUCCUUAAUAAAUGCAACAUUUAAGCGUUU